AGCGUCGGUCGACUCCUAUUUCAUUGUUAAUUGUUUUCUUCGUGCUAGCUUUGAAACAUAAGAUAAUAUUAUUAUAUAUAUUACUUAUAACCAGGUUUUAGAAUGGGGCAGACGUAUUUAUUUAUAUUAUUUUUGGUCUGCAUCUGUUGCGUGACUACAUUAAGAAUAACACGCAGCUUUUGCCCAAAGGAUUGUAAUUGCUUCGAUCGUACUGUUCGAUGUAUACAUUUAAAUUUGGAAUCUGUUCCUCGGAACAUAAGCAACGAUGUCCAGUUGAUAGAUUUGCGAUAUAAUCAGUUGGAAGACAUACCACCAGGAGUUUUCUCAGGAUUAUCUCACAUUACAACAAUCUAUCUUAACGACAACAGUAUAAGAACAUUAAGUGAAGACGCUUUUGCAGGAGGACUUAUUAACACAAAAGUAAUAUAUUUGGGCAGUAAUAAAAUUGAAUAUAUACCAGUGGGUUCAUUUCAGCCGCUUACAAAUCUCAAAGAAAUAUACUUGGAAAAUAAUCGCAUUAAGGAAAUUCGCAAAGGCACGUUCAGAAAUUUAUUGCUUCUCAGCCACAUAUCUUUAUACAAUAACAAACUAUCAAACAUUCCGGAUGAUUUUUCAUACUUAUCAAACCUACAAAGCUUACAACUUGAUAGCAAUCCUCUACGUUGCGAUUGUUCAGUUCAUUCGCUAUGGUGGUAUUACACCCAAGAAAUUUCGAUAUUUAAUAAUACUCGGCAAAAUCGUACUCAGGUCACGUUGUCUUGUAAGUCUUUGCACUCUGGAGUUAAAGAGCUUACGGAACUUCGAGUAGAGGACUUUAAUUGCGAUCCUACUUCAUAAUAGUUAACGCAGAUAAAAAGUUU